CGGAGGAGCUGCCAGUUGCGCAGCCCAAACCCUUCUGCGGCCCUGACGAUGCCGUCAUUCCCCGUCUGCUGCGUUCUCUCCCGGCCACUGCUGCUGCCUGAUACUCCAAUAUUCCCAGAUAUCUGAUCUGAAUCUGUUGUUGCUGCUGUUGCUGGCAUAAAAGAAGAAAGAAGAAUAAAGAAACAUCAUCAUAAUGACGUCGCAGUCGCUGAGCGAAGCUGUUGCGGAGAUUGUCGACAAGUUUAGCAUUAGCGAGCAGCGGCUUAAGAGUAUCUCGGACGAGUUCAUUCGUCUUUCAAAACUCGGGCUUCAUCAUGAGGGAGAGUCCAUGAGCAUGAUUCCUUCUUAUGUCACCUCAAUUCCAAACGGCAAAGAGAAAGGCACCUUCCUCGCCGUCGACCUCGGCGGCACAAACUUCCGCGUCUGCUCCGUCCACCUCAACGGCGACAACACCUACGACCUCCUGCAGACUAAGACCUCAAUCCCGCGCGAGCUCAUGGUCGGCACCUCCAAAGACCUCUUUGCGUUCCUCGCCAAGCGCGUCGAGGAGUUCAUCAAGACCCACCUGAGCGAGAAAUUCGACGAGGACUCGGUCGACCACCAGCUCAAGCUCGGCUUCACUUUCUCCUUCCCCGUCAACCAGACCGCCAUCAACCGCGGCACGCUCCUGCGCUGGACUAAAGGUUUCGACAUCAAGGACACCGUCGGCCAGGAUGUUUGCAAGUUGCUCCAGGACGAGCUCGACGCGCUUAAUCUGAAAGUCCACGUCGCCGCCCUCGUCAACGACACCGUCGGCACGCUCAUGUCGCGCUCGUAUUCCUCGCCCGGGCAGCACAGCACGCUGAUGGGCAUCAUCAUCGGCACCGGCACAAACUGCGCGUACGUCGAGUCUCUCGACGCGGUCGUCAAGCUCGGCGAGUCAGAACUUGCCUCGCUCGCAAAGACUUCAAACAUGAUGAUCAUCAACACCGAAUGGGGCUCCUUCGACACCGCGCGCGCCGUCAUCGGCUCGACAGAGUACGACGACAGCGUCGACCAGCGCACGCCAAACAAGGGCAUGCAUCUGUUUGAGAAACGCAUCUCGGGCAUGUUCCUCGGCGAGCUCCUCCGCGUCGUGCUCACGGACCUGCGCAGCAAGAACCUGCUCUUCUCCUCGAGCUCGCCCCAGCUCGAGACCGAGUGGAUCCUCGACACCUCCGCGCUCUCGCGCAUCGAGGCCGAUUUCUCACAAAACCUGAUCGCCACCCGCACGCUCAUCUCCACCGACCUCGGGCUCGAGACCACGCUCGAGGAACGCAAGGCCAUCAAGACGAUCGUCUCCGCGAUCGGCAAGCGGUCCGCGUACCUCGCUGGCGCUGUCGUCGCCGGCAUUCUCGAGCUCACGAGCGCGCUCGACAAGAGCGCGGGAGUCGACAUCGGCAUGGACGGCUCGGUUAUCGAGUUUUACCCUGGCUACGAGAGUUUGAUGCGCGAGGCAGUCAGCGCUGUGGUCGGGCAGGAGAAGGAGGCGAGAGUGCAUAUCGGGAUCGCAAAGGAUGGAAGCGGAGUCGGCGCUGCGCUCUGUGCUGUCGUUGCUUAGUGCGUGGAUUGUUAAAAGCUUUUACUGUUUUCUAUUAUAUUCUUCUUGUACUUUGUAUCUGUUGCGGCAUUGCCAUUUGAUAUAGCGCAAGAUAGGAUCUGAAUAAAACUGCCUCGCUGGCGCGGCAUCAACAGUGUAGUUUUCAAAAGUGUUUGUCAUCGAUGACAAAUACUAUCACAACC